GUUGGCCGACCUGUGAUACAGGUUCCUCCAGCAGAUAUACCAGGUAUAAAUUGUCACUACUGGAGAGAGACGGGCAUUGCUUCCACGGAAGGGACAAAAACAGCAAUGGGGAAGCAGGAGGCCCUUCGUUGCCUGUUUUGCCUGACUCUGGGAUACGUGAGUUUCUGCUCAGCUGGUGUCCCAGGAACUGAGUUCAUUACCGUCUUCAUGCAGAAUCACAACAUACAAACAGGAAACCCUGAUCUUACUCUGUCCAUUACUGCCCAUUACCCCGCCACCACCGUCAACAUCGCCGUCAACAAAUACAGCUUCCGAAAGAAAAUUACUUUAGACACAAUGGAGCAAGCCACCAUCCAACUCCCACACGUUGUCCAAAUGACAUCUUCCAAACCUUUUUAUUAUACAGUGAUCGUGAUGUCCUCCAGUCCAGUUUCUGUCGUGUCUGGAAACUAUAAGACCGAAAGCUCUGACACAGCAUCUCUAUUCCCGGUUGAGGAACUGGGAACAACUUACUAUAUAUUUACACCAUCUGAUGGUCCGGAAGGGUCCUUUAAAGAGUUUGCUGUGGUUUCAAAGGAGCCAACCACAGUGACCAUUCACCUCACCGGGGAUGUAACUUUCCAAAAUCGCCUGUAUGUUAAAGGAAGCAAACUGAAAAUCAGCCUUGAGUCAUACGAAGCCAUAGCAUUCCAGAGCACUGAUGAUCUUUCUGGAACAAAAGUAGAGGCACUCAAGCCAGUGGCUGUCCUGAGCGGCCAUACAUGUGCCAGCAAACAUACAAAGUGCAAUCAUGUUUAUGAGCAGCUUCAACCUGUUGAUUACUGGGGAACAACAUUCAUUAUUCCCCCAAGCCCAUUUCAGACCAAGUAUGACCUAGUUUAUGUGACUGCUUCUCAACACACUCAAGUGACCUACCAGGCUGGGUCACUAAAAACCACUCAAACGCUCAAAGCUGGAGAAGAUUUAGAGAUACAACUGAUGCCAUCAGCUCCUCUCUUUGUAACUGCUACAGAAGGCAUACAAGUGUUUCUUUUCUCAGCAGGAGGUCGCUAUGGAUCCAUGGUUUUUGAUACAUUCUUGAUGAGUGUUCCAGAUGUGAACUCAUACUGUACCACCUACCUGGCUGCAGGCCAAGAUGGUUUCAACAAUGAAGCUAUCAUUGUAGCCAAGACCUCAUCUCUACAACAACUAACCAUAAAUAAAAACCCUCUGGGAGAUGUCAACUGGCAAGAAAUUCCAGGGACAAACUAUUCGUGGAGAGCAGCUCACAUGAAUUCAAAUUCUAAAACGUCCAUGGUUGAAGAUGGUAACAGUACGUUUGGACUCACCAUUCUUGGUGUUGCUUCACUGAAUGCCUAUGGGGAGCCUGCCAUUUGUUUGAGUGGUUCAUCUCGACCAUCAUGCAGCAAAACCAAAUGCAAAAAACAGGAGAUGUGUAAGAUUAUCCAGGGCAAAGCAACUUGUCUUGCAAAAUAUGUGGCUGAAUGUUGGGCUUGGGGAGACCCUCAUUAUCAUACCUUCGAUGGGAAGAAUUAUGACUUCCAGGGAACCUGUGCCUACACUAUGGUGCAAAACUGUGUUUCUGAUCCCACCAUACCUAACUUCCGUGUUGACAUUAAGAAUGAGAAUCGAGGAUCUUCCUUGGUAUCUUACAUUCGCUAUGUCAACUUACAGAUUUAUGACUACAACAUCACCAGUGUCAGGUCUGAAAUGGGCACCGUGAGGAUAAAUAAUCAGAAAGCUCCGCUUCCCAUCACACUGAAAAAUGGAGCUGUAUCGAUAUUCCAAAGUGGCAGCUACUUAAUUGUCCAGACUGAUUUUGCCCUUCGGAUAUUCUAUGACUGGAACAUUCUCGUGAAAAUCAAUCUUCCAAGUAACUUUUCUGAGAGUGUUUGUGGGUUGUGUGGAAACUACAACGGUAAUCCAAAUGAUGACCUAUACUCUCCAGAACGUGUUCCUUUGAAUCCUGUCGAUUUUGGAAAAUCUUGGAAGGUAGCCAACGUGAUCAGCGGGGAUACCUGCUGGGAUGACUGCAAUGGGCCGUGUAAAACCUGCCCCUUCAACCUCAAGUUAAUGUAUGGGAACAACACACAAUGUGGCAUAUUAAGCCUGCGCAAUGGACCCUUCAGAAACUGCCAUUCACUGAUCGAUCCACAACUAUACAAAGAUAACUGUGUUUACGACCUGUGCAUGAGUGAUGGCUACCACCAGGUCUUGUGUCAGACCCUGAAGACUUAUAGCGAUGCCUGCCAGAGGGCCGGGGCCACAGUGUAUGAAUGGAGAAAUUACUCUGGAUGUGGUAACUUGGAAUGUCCAAAAAACAGCACGUACAACGCCUGUGGCAACUCGUGCCCAGCCACCUGUGAGGACCCACAAGCACCUUCAAAAUGCACCGAACCUUGCAUUGAGACCUGUGAAUGUGACCCGGGUUUUCUAAUGAUCGGGGGAGAGUGCCUGCCCAAAGCAUACUGUGGCUGCAAGUACGAUGACCGAUUCUACGCUCCCGGUGAUUCAUUUUAUUUAGACACCCAGUGUAAGAAAAAGUGUGUCUGCAAUGAAACGAGCCACAAAGUCGAGUGCAGCAAUAAUAAGUGUAAAAGUGGAGAGCAGUGUACCCUACAAAAUGGCCUACAGGGCUGCUAUCCAACCAUAUACGGCACGUGUUCGGCUUCUGGAGAUCCCCACUAUAUCACCUAUGAUGGAUUGCACUACAACUUCCAAGGGACCUGCGAGUAUCUGCUCUCGGGGCUCUGUAGCAAUACUAGUGGAAGAACAGACUUCCAGGUGAAAGUACGCAAUGAAAAUCGAGGAAGUCGUGUUGUCUCAUAUACGGCAUUGGUCAGCUUCACCAUCUUAGACACAGAAAUCCAGAUCCGCAGAGAGUUUCCAAAUCAGGUUUUGGUAAAUGGCAUUAUAUCCAACAUUCCUGUUACCUUACUAUCAGGCAGCAUCUCUAUAUUCCCAUCUGGGAGACAUUGUGUCAUUCAAACCAAAAUUGGGAUCCGGGUAACGUUUGACUGGGAUGCUCGUGUCCAGGUGAUGGUGCCGUCUACCUAUGCCAACUCAGUUUGCGGCCUGUGUGGCAACUUUAAUAAGAACCCCAACGAUGACCUGCUUCUUGCCAACGGUGAGGUUACCAAUGACACAGUGUCCUUUGCUCAGACGUGGAAAGUUGGAGAAGUACAAGGUUGCCAUGAGGAAAAAGAAUCAGGCUGUUCUGAUCUGAAGACAUUGGAAAAAGAGCAGAGAAAGACUAUGGAAGGCUGUGGUAUCUUGUUAGAUAAAAAAGGGCCAUUUCGAGACUGCCAGUCCCGAAUCUUACCGGAAGAUUACUUCAAGGAUUGCGUGUAUGAUCUCUGUGCAUUUGGUAAACUGCAGGACGUUACUUGCCGUCUCAUAGCAGGCUACACAGCUGCUUGCCAAGAUGCCAAAGCAAUAGUCUACCCAUGGAGAACUGAGCAGUUUUGCCCACUUACCUGUCCUGAUAACAGCCAUUAUAACGUAUGCUCCAGCGGAUGUCCAUCAACCUGUCAAUCUUUGACAUCAGCACCAAAUUGCAACAGUGCUUGCAAAGAAGGCUGUACCUGUAACACUGGUUUUAUUCUAAGUGGUGGACAGUGUCUUCCUAUUUCUCAAUGUGGCUGUUUGUUCAAGGAUCGAUACUACCAACUCAAUGACAUAUUCUAUCCAGAAGAUACAUGUGAGAAUAGGUGUACGUGCACCGUUGGAGGAACCGUUGUGUGUUCUGCUUUCUCUUGUGGCCCCUAUGAAGAAUGCCGUGUUGAAAAAGGUGUACAGAGUUGCCAUCCUAAUGGGUCAUCCACUUGCUCUGCCAUGGGACAGUCCUACUACAGGACCUUUGAUGGUCUAGGAUAUGACAUCUAUGGAAACUGUUCUUAUUUUUUGGCAAAGACCUGUUUACUUGAGGGAUCAAAUCUGAUUCCCUUCUCUCUUCGAAGGCAAAAUCUGUUAAACAGUGACCCACCCAGUAGCAGGAUCUUAACACUGGAAGUCUACAAUUACACUAUAAGCAUUAUUCAUGACUACGAAACCAAAAUCUAUGUGAAUGGAAUUCUCAUGACUCUUCCCUUCAAUUUGGAGUCAGGUAAACUGAAUGCUAUCCCUCGAGGAUUGGGGAUUGUGCUAAGCACAGAUUUUGGUCUCAUUGCUGAGUCUGAUCUUAUGCUUCAUGUGACCAUACCUGCAACCUAUCACAACCAGACCUGCGGUUUAUGUGGAAAUUACAAUGACAUCGUCGAAGACGAAUUUGUUCUAAACGAUGGUGAAUUGGUUGCAUUUGCUGAGUCCUGGAUAGAUAAUAACUCAGAGAAUAUAUGCGUUACCAGUGAAUCCUGCUUAGGAACUCCUCAAAAUUGCCCUGUCUGCCCUAAGUCAAAAGAGGACAAAUUGGCUGGAGAAAAACUUUGUGGUAUUCUCAGCUCUUCCAAAGGACCUUUUGCAAUCUGUAAUGCCAUUGUCGACCCUUCACCUUAUCUGAAGAGCUGCGUUAACAAUCUCUGUACAGGAACCGGAGACCUUUGCUUGGUCCUUCAAACCUAUGUCAAAGAUUGUCGCGAUGCUGGCAUAGAGAUCAGUUCAUGGAGGAGCUCAACGUUUUGUCCCAUGAGUUGCCCAGAGCACAGUCAUUACAAACCCUGCGCUGACCUCUGCUCCACCAGCUGCUCCUCUAUGUACGAUAUCUCCAGCUGUCCAGUGUCCUGCUCAGAGGGAUGCCAGUGUGACAAUGGCUAUUUCUUUCAGAGUGGUUCAUGUGUCCUUUCCCAAGAUUGUGGUUGUUACUACAACUCUUCAUAUUAUCAUGCCAAUCAAACGAUUGUAUCACUGGACUGCAGCCAACGUUGCACCUGCACUUCUGGUCUGUCAAUGGCCUGUGAGCCUUACGGCUGUGCGAAAAAUGAAAAGUGCACUAUUAUCGAAGGAACUUUGGGAUGUAUCAAUAUAGAUCCGUGCAAGUCAAUUACUUGCAGAAAUAAAGAAAGCUGUGUUGCCCAGGAUGGUGUUCCAGUCUGUGUCCCGGAAUACACCGGUACUUGUUGGCAAUGGGGAGGUACUCAUUAUAACACCUUUGAUGGGUACAGCUAUGACUUCCAAGGCACCUGUGCUUAUGUUUUGUCGAGAUACAUUGGUGGAGACACUACUUUGACAUAUUUUAGCAUUGAAGAGAUAAAAGAUAAUGGUGGAACUACAACGUUGUCUUUCCUCAAGUUGGUCAAUGUCUUUGUAUAUGGAUUCAACAUGUCCCUCAUCAAAGGCGACUUUGGAAAUGCCUUGGUGAAUGAAGAAACUACCAACCUCCCAGUAAACCUGCUAAAUGGCAAGAUUUCUUUAAGCCUUUCUGGACCUAGUGUCAUAAUGAACACGGACUUUGGACUUCAAGUGAUUUAUGACUAUAAUGAGCAGGUGGUGGUCAAAAUCCCAAGCAGCUAUUAUGGAAGUACUGGUGGACUCUGUGGCAAUUUUAAUCAACAGUCCAAUGAUGAGCAGCUGACCUUAGACAAUAAGAUGGCAAAUUCAACCAUCAAGUGGGCAGAAAGCUGGAAAAUCUCUGGUGAAGAUCCAUUCUGCUGGGAUACAUGCCAAGAAAACUGCCUGAAGUGCGAUGACACUAAAAUAAGUAUUUACAAAGGAGAUAAUUACUGUGGUCUCAUCAAAGCUGAGGAUGGACCUUUCAGGGAAUGUCAUCCUAAAAUCAAUGCUGACGUCAUCUUUAACAACUGCGUAAAUGAUGUUUGCAGCAAAGAUGGAUCUCAACGCUUUUCUUGCCAAGCUCUGGAAGUUUAUGCAGACUUAUGCAGAAAGGAAGGUAUUUCCAUCGACAACUGGAGAGAAAAGUCUGGAUGUGCUUUCCAGUGCCCUAAGAACAGCCACUACGAAGCGUGCGGCAACGCUUGCCCUGCCAGCUGUGCAGACCGCACCGCACCAGACAGAUGCACAAAGCCUUGUGUGGAGACUUGUCAGUGUGAUGAUGGCUACAUACUCAGUGCCGGGACAUGUGUCAACGUAUCGAGCUGUGGCUGCAGCUACAACAAUAAAUAUUACCAACCUAACCAGAUAUUCUGGUCAGAUGAUAAGUGCAGCAUCCAAUGCAAGUGUGUUUCCACCUUAGGAAUAGUUGACUGUCAGAAAGCAAGCUGCAAAGCAGGUGAAACAUGCAGCACUGUCAGCGGUGUCAGAGGGUGCUACCCUUCACAUUUCUCUACUUGUGCAGCCUCUGGUGACCCUCAUUACGUCACCUUUGAUGGAAAGAAAUAUAACUUCAUGGGAACGUGCAUCUAUACGUUUGCUGAAGUCUGCACUGCUGAUUCCUCCCUCCCAUAUUUCAAUGUGAAGAUUCAAACUGAAAGACGAGGGAAUAAGAAAGUCUCUUACGCCAAAGCCUUGACCCUUAAAGUGUACAACCAGAACAUCACUUUAACUCGGGAUCAUCCACAACACGUAUUGGUUAAUGGAAUUAUCACUUCAAUACCUUUCUCCUUCAAAACCAACAAAAUCAAAGCAUUUAUGAAAGGUGAACAUGCCUUCGUCAGAACUGAUUUUGAUGUCACCAUGAAUUAUAACUGGGAUAAUUAUGCCCGCGUUAUGGUGCCCAGUACCUAUGCAGGUUCCUUGUGUGGUCUUUGUGGAAACUACAACGAUGAUCCUAAGGAUGACCUGACCCCAGCAGAUGAUAACAAGGUCGCUGACAAUAUUAAGUUUGAUGAUCGGUAUAAGGUGGAGGAAACUCCUGGCUGUACAGGAGACUGUAAAGAAGAUUGCCCCAAGUGUGAUGAAGAUAAAAUCGAUAAAUACAAGGGCGAGAUGUACUGCGGAAUUCUUAACAACGUGAAUGGACCACUUAGACAAUGCUUUGCGGUGGUUGACCCAUCGCCCUUCUUUGAUGAUUGUGUGUAUGACAGCUGCCAAUACCAAGGUUAUUAUGCAGUAACCUGCGGUGCCAUUGCUAGUUAUGUUUUGGAGUGCCAGAGCAAGGGGAUCAAGAUUGAAUCUUGGAGGACAUCGACAUUCUGCAAUAUGUCCUGUUCCGUGAAUAGUCAUUAUGAGCUGUGUGGAACUGGAUGCCAUCCUACAUGUGCUGGCCUGUCCACUUCGGUGAAUUGUGUGAAGUCAUGCAUGGAAGGGUGCUACUGUGACAGUGGAUUCCUGCUCAGUGCCGACACAUGUGUCCCUAUAUCUCGGUGCGGCUGUCUCUUCCAAGGCCAAUAUUAUAAAAAUGGACAGGAGUUUUAUCCUGAAGGACAAUGCAAGACAAGCUGCCAGUGUAUGGACAAUGGAAAUGUCAUCUGCCAGGACAUGUCUUGUGGUCCAGAUGAAGAAUGUAACGUGGUGAAUGGAGUCCGUGGCUGCUUUUCUAAAAAAGAAGGAACAUGUGUGGUGUCUGCCAACAAACACUAUCUCUCUUUCGAUGGUCUUGACUAUGACUUCUACGGCACUUGCUCCUACACUCUGGCCAACGUCUGCAGGAAGGAGCUAGGGCUGGGAAACUUCUCUGUAAUUCUGGAGAAUAAAAGUAUCGGGAAAGAUAAAAUGGAAAGAAUUAGGUCAUUAAAGGUGAACGUGAAUGAAUAUGAAAUUAUCAUGAAACAAGGAACAUACUGGAAAGUACAAAUCCAUGGGGAAGAUUACUCGUUGCCUCUUAAUUUGGAGAAUGGUAAAGUUCUGAUCUCACAAGAGGGUUCCAAUAUAAAACUGCUGACAGAUUUUGAGGUGGCUGUCCUCUAUGAUUCUAUGAAUUUGGUUAAAAUCACAGUCCCUGGAGCUUACCAGGGAGCCACCUGUGGUCUGUGUGGUGAUUUCAAUGACCAAAAUAACGAUGACUUCCGUUUACCAAGUGGUGUGUUGUCAAAUAACUUAGAGGAAUUUGGUGCGGCCUGGAGUACAAGCUCUGACGGGUGUGUUAACGGUUGUCAGGAGAACUGUAAAAGCUGUGAUCCACUGAGGGCCACCAUAUUUGCACGAGAUGAGGCAUGCGGUCUAUUUCUACUCGAAGAUGGGCCAUUUGCAGAAUGCAAAUAUCUAGUGAAUGCCACCUACUACUUCAACAAUUGUUUGCUGGAUAUGUGCACCUCUGAUGGACAGAAGGAAACCCUUUGUGAUAUUCUUCAGGCGUACACCGUUGCUUGCCAAGACGCUGGGGCAAAGAUUAAACCAUGGCGAACCUCAACCUUCUGCUCCAUGUCUUGUCCGAAGAACAGUCAUUAUGAUGUUUGUGCUCGCACAUGUGACAUGACAUGCUAUGGGAUCACCGCACACUCCUUCUGCUCUGACGCCUGCUACGAGGGCUGCGUGUGCGAUGACGGCUACCAGUUUGAUGGCAGCCAUUGUGUGGAAAUGGACACAUGUGGAUGUGUGUACAAUGGGAGAUAUUUAAAUCUGGGGUCGUCUCUCCUUUCCCCUGAUUGCUCCGAGGCAUGUCUGUGUCAGACUGGUGGUUCUGUCUCUUGCAGUAACUCCGCAUGCUCGGAUGCAGAGUUCUGUGGGCUUGAGAAUGGGGCGAGAGGAUGCAUUAAGAAGCAGGGUACAUGUACACUCCGUGCCGAUGGCAGCCUAAUGACCUUCGACAAAUUACUUGCCCCUGUUUUCCCUGGAAUCACUUUCGACCUUGCAGCUGUGUGUGACCCCAGCCACGAUGCUUGGUUCAGACUGGUCGCCAUCACAGAGAGCUGCCAGAAUGACACACAUCUCCAUGUUUCAGCCGUCCAUGCCUAUUUUGUGGGUGUCUCCAUUGCAAUCAACCAGUUUGGCGAGGCCUGGGUUAAUGGGAGAGCAGUUAAACUUCCAUUUCAGGAUAACGGAGCUCUGUCAAUACAUUCCGAAGGGGAAACGCUGGUAUUGAGACGUAGCGACAUGGUAGAGCUUAUCAUUAAUAGGAAUGGAGAAUUAACUGUGCGUGUGAAUGAGCACCUAGCAGGGGCUCUCUGCGGAGCUUGUGGGAACUUCAACAGGCAGAAGUUUGAUGACCUGCAAGAACCGGGAGGAAAAUCCAUAACUCUUGUGGCUAAGUUUGUAGCGUCCUGGACUUCGCGGGAUUUCUCCAGAUGUGAGCUGUGAAGUCCACAAAGCUGAUAUCGUGCCAUGGAUUCUUAUGGAAUGUAUAUAAAGCAUUUUAGAUCCCAGCUCCCACUAACGGUCAAACCCCCUCCAAGAAUGGCUGUCUGAGGGUGCUGGUAGCAGCCCGGUUCGUACGGAGAGGCACGGACUGUUCAUGCACUUAUGGUUAAAUGUUACUUCUUUUCCCUUUCUUUUUUCAAUUCUUAUUUUAUGAAAUUAAAAACGUUGCUUUUUAAUCAAUGCCUUUAUUAUGCAAAUUUCAUUAACUACUGAAACUCUUGAUUGAAUUGUUAUUAUUUGUUCACAAAAUAAAACAGUUUCUCUUUACUCUAA